GUUGACGCGUCCUCGUAUAAUCCUUUGUUGUUUAUGCAACUCAGAUGACAGACAAUCAGUGGUGCCAAACUAAGAUAGGGUCAAUAAAAUCUCUAAAAAAUGGCCGGAUCCAGUCAUGAUCAAUUUUCUAAAUGGCUGGACGAAAAAUUACGAGAAUUGAAUACGGACGAGUCAGUUUUCGGCUCUUACAUAACGGGAAUCCUUGACAGCGAUGAAACGGCCGAAGAGAAACAGGAGGCUCUCGAGGGAAUCCUUUCCGAGAUAUUAACAAAUGAGGAAGAUAUAUCAAAAAUUUGCAAUGAAAUACUGGAUAAAUGGGAAGCGUUAAAGUCCAAAGAGCCCCCACCACAGGCACUAUCAACUGACGAUAUGAAUGACAAACUGGCCAAACUACUUGAAUCCCAGUCUCUAGCUACGACCAAGCAAAAACAAUACACAGCAGAGGAGAAAAAGAUUAAAGACGCGAUUUUAUCGCAAUAUGGCCAAAUGACUGACAGUGAGGAAGAAGAUGAUGAUGUUCAAGGGGCUGCUGCUCCUGCUGCCGCUGCUGCUGCUUCGGGAGAACCCAAAGAGAAUGGACUGGAGAAAAAUUUAAACUUCCAAACAGUUCAAAGGGCUGAAAAAGAUAAACGAGAACAAGCCAGAAUGGACAGUCAAAAGAAAAAGGAAAAGGAUAGAGAGGACAGAGAGAAACAAAAACAACUAAAAGAAGAUAAGAAGGAAAAACGUAAGACUCAAAAAGGAGAAAGGAGGAGGUAGCACUUCAAAUAAAAUUAUUGUUGUAAGAUAAAAGUUAUUGAAUUUGUAAAAAAAUGUACAAUUGAUUAUUGCGAAUAAUAUGAGAAAUUAAAUCAAUCUGGAGUGUCAUAUUUUCUAAAUAAAUACUAAACACU